GUCUAAACAAAGCACUGACGCGUUCACCGGUAUGCGCAGUAUCCGGUAGAUGAACAAAUCCUCCAUAUUGGAUAAUGUGUUAGCAUAUUGUAAACUUUUCUAAAUUCCAGUAAAAAGAAUUCACAUUUUUGGCCUUCCUAGAUCACCUCUGAAGUACCCUGAUGCCGAGUGAUGCAAUAGAAAAAGAUCGACCUGGCAAAGUAUUUGUAGGUGGAUUACCAACAGAUGUAGACGAAAAGGCUUUAGAAGAAAAAUUCUCAAAAUUUGGCCGAUUAACAGAAACAAUUUUGAUCAGAGAUAAAGGAAAUAAUAAAUCUAGAGGAUUUGGGUUUGUCACAUUUGAGAAUCCAUUGGAUGGUGAAGACGCAGUGAAGACUUUGAACGGACAGGAACUUAAGGGCAAGACUAUUCACGUAGAGCAAGCGACCAAACCACACCGAGCAAGGGUGAGUCGCAACUCGUCUGACAGAAAUAAAGCGCGUAGCAGAUCUCCUGUUAGAAGACGUUCACUAUCUGACAGAGACAGAAGGAUGAGGGCACCUAGGCCAGGAGGCCCCACAAGGGGUGGCAGUUCAAUGGGGCCCCGUCGGGGAAGUGGUGUUGACAGACGCGGUGGAGGAGGUAGCUACAGAGGAAGCCGAGGGGCCCCUAGGGGUCGUGGAGGAUACAGUGGUGGAAGCUCAUAUAGUUCAUAUGGCAGGGAUUCAUUUGAGGACCGCAAACCGAUGCCCAUGAAGAGUGGACUAGACAGAUCUGAAAGACCAAUGUUUGGGUCAGGCCCUAGAAGGGGACCUCCACCAUCACACGACAGUCCACCAAGGAGAGGAGAAGGGGAUAGGUAUGCAGGGAAUAAUUUUGAUAGAAUGGACAGAAUGGACAGGAUGGACAGACCAGAGAGGAUGGACAGAGGAGCACCUCCCCGAAGAGACUCGUAUCCAUCACCCACACGGGAUUAUGGUCGAGGGCCUCCUGUUGACAGUCGCAUGCCCCCCAGUCGUGGCUCAGCUAGAGAUUAUCCACAGACCUCACGAGAUUACCCUCCUCCAGCUAGGGAAUACUCACCACCCGCCCCAUCCAGGGACUAUCCCUCCAGGGAUAGCUACAGCAGCUAUGAUCGAGCUCCUGGCCCCAGGGAAAGAGCCCCGCCACCGGCACGUGACAGAGCCCCUGCCAGCACGAGCUAUGAAUAUACCAGAGAUUAUGGAAUGACAAGCAGAGAUUCAUACAAUAGUGCUGCCCCCAGUAGGAGUAAUUUUGGAGCCCCUAGUAGAGACACAUUACUGACACCCAGAGAUGAAUACAACAGUGGUCGCGAAUCGUUCCGAUCAGAACCAGCCAGUAGAGACUAUGGACUUUCAAGUAGUUCCUAUUCAAGAGAAUUCAGUUCAAGUCGAGCAGUAUCUUCCAGAAGUGAAUAUGACCGGGGUCCUCCACCAUCUAGAGAAUAUGAUUCGUACAGAGAAAAUGGACGCCAAAGUGGUCCACCAUCACGACCAAGUGGGCCUCCAAGCCGAGCUUUCAGUAGUGCAAGUGGUUCAGGCAGAGACAAUGGAAUGUCUGGAAGACAGACCUCCUCAAGAGGAGGACCGUACAAUUCUCCCACGUCACAUGGACUCCCCCAAUCUCGGGGGCCACCCCAGAGGGGGCCACCAAGUGGUUCCCGAGGAGCCCCUCCUAGAGAGGAUCGGGGCAGAGAUGGAUUUGGGGCAGGUAGUAGGCGCCCACCACCAUCGGAUUCACGAGGACCCCCCAUGAAAAGGCCACGCCCGGGCGUUCCAUCAAGGGGAGGUGGUCCACCCUUCAGACGUUGAAACAAGGAUUAGUUUUAGACUAGGGAAAUUAAGAAACAUUAUGGACUUCAAGAGUUCAAAUUAUGAUCACACAAACUUUAUUGCGCUCUCUAUUGACUCUUGAAUAAGACAUUUUAAUUCUUUUUAUAUACAUUGUUUUUAUUACCAUGGUCAUAAUAAGUAAUUAUGGAACUUUUACUGAUGUUUGUUCAGUCCUAUGAUCAAACAGUUAUGUGAAACAAACGGAAACCCAAGGAGUUCAUAACAGAGAAGGAAUAAGUAACGGACGCUGCAUCUUAAAUGAUGAAAUAUUCUGUGUCGGUUAACUUAAUUUUAUAUGUAUAAACUGUUGUAACAUUUACCAUUCAUUAUAAAUCUUGUAAUUGUCAAAACUCAUUAUGUAGUGAAGGAUUAGAAAUAAAUGGAUUGUCUUCGUGUACAAACAACCGUUGUUAUAACCGCUCGUCUCAAAAUGGAAACAUCAGCUGUUACAAGGAGGAUUGCAGCACUGGAAAACAAGAAAUGAAAUAUAUUGGUAUUGGAGAAUUUUUUAACUACCGCAAAGGAUGAAACAUAAUACGUUUUAGAAUAAACUGCCUGAAAAUAACAUAUUCAGGUUACUUUGUAACAACGAUAUGACGCAUAUGACAAAGGAAGUCUAGUAUGGAUUUUAAUAUUUUACAGUACAGUUACUGAUAUCACAAGCAUAGCACAUCGCAGGAUAUUGCAACUCAUUCUCAAAUACAGCGUCCAUCAUCAAGCAGCUAAUUCUCAAAUUGUAUGCCUUGUCCUGAAUGAAGCAAGUUCAUCCUGCAGUAUUCUCGAGCCCACAUACCACAAAUAAUUACAAAGUUGUAUCAUAGACAGGGUUUAACAUAAGCAAAUUCAUAAUUUUGUACUAAUGCGCCAGUUUGACAUUUUAAUUGGCAAUGUUUCUUUAGAUAAUAUUUUUGGAACACAAAAAUCUUGUUUUGUAACAUUCAGAAAUUUUAAAAUUCAAAGGGGGAAAAUCCUAGGAAAAAAUUUACUGUUAAAUUAAAACUGUCUGAGCACGAGAAAUUAUUUUCCAAUGAUGAACACAGAAAAUUAAGUGAAUGAUACCAUGUAUCAUAUAAAAAAAUUAUAGAAAAAGAACGCUCUUGAUAAAUACCGAGUCGCCAUCAAAAUGGCAACGCUGCGUGAGGAAAGUCAGAGAAUAUUGGCAUUGUCUUUGUAUUGUUUUGGCGGACUGCAAGUAACAUGCGUCUCCAUAGGACAUAGAGCAUGAGUUAUAAGCUACAUGGAACAAACAAAAAAGGAAAAAAUCAUCAGUCGAUACUAAUCAUUGAUUUCUAGAUGGAAAAGAUAUAAUGAUUUUGAGGUAAGUAUGUACCUACAGUAUGUGUAUUUGGUAAUUUGCUGUAGCAUUUUCGUGAAGUCAUUACUUUUUACAAAUAUGAAGUUUUCAUUAAAUCUUUGACCUUAAAAUCUCUCAUAGUUUCUAUUUAAUAGUCUGCAUUCCUGUUAUUUUUAUCCUGUAAAAUUCAAGAGCAUACUUGAUCUGAAAUAUUCUCAAGCUUCUGUUGCUAUAUAGCAAUAUUAAGUAACUUAUUCUAUUAAAAAUACUUUAUACUUCAUUUCUAUGGUACUCGAAGAUUACACAUAUUCUGUAAAACUCUGCAGAUUACUUAUUUCAGCUAAGUAAUGUUUUUAUCUGCAGUAUAAUUUGUAAAAUUGGCUCAAUUUUUUGCUCAACAUGAAAUGUUAUUCAUUUUACAUAGUAUCUGAAUAUUCGAAAGCCGGAUGUUAAUUAAUAAUGCGAAAAUAUGCAAACAUGGGUAUGGAAUCCAAAUAGAUAUAAGUAAUCUGCAGUUUUACUUUGCAUAGUUAAGGAGAAAAUGUUCAGCAUUUUACCAAAUACUUAUAUGCAUCAUCAAAGGGUGCUGAAACUCUACUUCAAAGCCCUGGAAGAAAAAUACUGGAUGCUUAAUAAACCAAGAUCGGAAAAUGACUGCAUAGUUUUGCAACUUGAAAUUCUAAAUUU